CAAUCCCCUGCUGGAUGAAGGCCUCCCCCCACCCACCCCGGCCGCCGCCGUCUAUCGCGGCCUCCCUGCCGCACGAAGCCGAUAUCCCUUUCCCGUCGGGCCUACUUCCUUACUGCCCUCACCACCCCCCUUGUAGCCUGCCACUCCGCCCUGUCAGUCCGUGACCAUCGGGGGCUCCACGGCGCACGCGGCCGGCGCGCCGUGGGCUUCUCGAUAUGAAAGGCAAGGCUUGUGAAGACCACUGCGUCCUGCAGCACUCCAACAGGAUUUGCGUGAUCACCGUGGCCGAGUCGCAUCCCGUGCUGGGCGGGGGGCGCGACGUCGCCGCCGUGGAUUACCAGAUCAGCGCCGGGUGCAGCCGCCUCGACAACCGCGUCUCCGGGAAGAGCAAGCGGGGCGGGCAGUUUCUCACCGAGUUCUCUCCUCUGUGCCGCAUCACCUGCACGGACGGGGAGCAGUACACGAUCUACAGCUGCAUCCGCGGGCGACUCGUGGAAGUGAACGAGAACCUCAUCGCAAAUCCGCACCUCGUCAGAGACAAGCCGUCGUGCGAGGGCUACAUCGCCGUUGUGCUGCCCAAGUUUGAGGAGAGCAAGAGCGUGACGAGCGGCCUCUGCGACCACGCCGAGUACCUGCGGGUGCUGGCGACGCGCGCCGCCGCCACGGUCCCUGCCGACGGCGACGUCACCGCCGGAAGCGCCGCCGCUACGACCCCCACGACCCCCACGACCCCAAGCGCCGACGGUCCGACCGACGGCGAAGUUUGCGAAACCGAUGGGACCAAGACGGAAGUGCAAGACGUCGUCUCUCAGAGCGACGCGUCUAAGCCCGACGCGCGCAUGGUCGACGGCGGGGAGAGUGACGCCUGUGAGAUCGCCGUCUAGAUGACCGACGUCUUGCGAUGGCCGGUGUUGCUGCCUGUGCGAGCGACGCCUGUUUCCGCCGGUGUCUGUGACGACGAUGCCGCCAGUGUGGUGAGAUCGUCCCGGCCGUCGCCCAUCGUGUUUUCCGUGAGCAUCAGGGGAGCUUUUUAUUUCCGUUUAAAUUUGUCGACGAUGUUGUUACUGGUGCCGUCUUCUCUGCUGCUGAAGGCAGCCCCCCCCCCCCCCCCCCCCCCCAGUGUUUCUGGCUCAUUCACAAAAAAAUGCACUGGCCGUGUCUCCAUUGAUAUAUCUACCGUUGGUUUAUUUCACUAAAUACUUCGGCAUCGCGGGACGAAGAUUCUAUUCGGACCUCUCGCAGACAGCGGUGCAACCCCUUCCUGUUAAAGAACAGCACGCAAAAGCGGAUGUCGCAGAACUGCCUCUGAGAUCCGUUUCGGUGACCAGUGCUGAGCCCAUCGCUUCGCUGCACUCGAGAGGCCGGUUUCAUCGGGAGGCAACGGCUGAAACCCGGAUUCGAACCCAGGUUCCCGGCGGUGCCGGCUCCGCCGUCCUCUGACCUCCGAGGCAGGCGGCCACUACCACAGAACUAUACAAGUGAAUUGGCUGUUCGGUGCGUCUGAAAUGUUAUUUAAAAAAAGCUCCCUUUUGUCAUUUACUGUUUGUGCAAAGAGACAAUUUGAUUCGCAUUUCUUGGCAAGUAGAAGUUUUGAAACGUGUCCCGGUAUCUGCCGCGUUUAUUAACUUUGCGCGGCAGAGAAAAUACGUGAGAAUUUCGCCCACGUUCGUUACGCUCGUCACACUUUUGUGUGUUUUGCUUUACGGUGACCGGGACGAGACCAUCAACUCGCUACGCUUUAGAAAACCUCGCUUCAUCGCAACUCCCCUCUGCGCGAGCCCGUGGCUCUCCCCGCGAGUCUUAGGUCACGUAUUCUCAGUCACGGCUCCGGCUCUAUGUGAGCCGUGCUUUUACCAGAGCCGGCUCCGAGCACAGUCCCACUCAGGGACCGGCUGAGAACACGGUCCCUGAGUGUCUCUCGGCGUGAGUCGUCGGUGACCGGCACCCCAAUGGUUCAGGAUGAAGUGGGGGGCGGGGGGAGGAGUGUAACAGUCCGCAGGGCUGAAGGCGUUGGUGCUUGCUGCUGCUUGUGCUGUUGUUGUUCACGGCGAGGCCGUGGCAGAGUUGGUGGGGAGGGCCGCGCUCCACUCUUGCCCCCCCCCCCCUCCGUGCUCUUUGCCCCACGGUGCCACGGCACGACUGGGAACCCUGCCACGGCAAAGGAGACGCGCGUUCCUGCCACGGGUCGCACCCCCCCUCCCCCCUAUCCCCCUCAACCCCCACCCCUCUUUUUCCCGGGAACCGAAUGAGCAGUGGCACGGGCGAGGGGGGCACAGCGCUGGGCCUGACGAUGGCAGCCGCAUUCUGUGUUUUUUUUUUUUUUACUGCGGAGAGCCCCAGGACUUGGCGAGUUUUACUCCAGCGUCAAGUGAGGAGCACAGAAAACUCCCCCCCCACCUUAGCCAAGCCGCAUUGAUGGGCGCGGUGAAGUAUGGUCAGAUAUUGCCCGCGCGUUCUGACGCAACGCGGGGGGAGGGAGGCCCUCGUCCAGCAGUAGAUUGACAAACGUGCUGUGUGUGUGUGUACGUGGUGGAUUGGCAGGGCUGCUGUGUGGUCACGUGCCACAUCUGGCUGCUGCUGCUGCGUGUCAUCUGAUUUGCCGAGGGUCGCAAGGCUAAAUGUUCAUCCCCCCCCCCCCCCCCCCCCCGCGCGCCUGCGAGAGUGGCUGGCGGCGCCGCGGUUCCAGCUCGGGGUUUUCCUCCCUCUCCCUGGGCUCCAGAGUUCUCACCCUCUGCUUGAAAGGCAAACCCCAACAACAACAACAACAGAGCGAGCAGCGGGCCCCAUUUCCCCUCUUUUUCUUCCCGAUGACCGCGGAUGUUUUUUGUACCCCGUUGUUAACCUGUUCGGCGUGGUAUUGUCGGGCUCUCGCGUUGGAGUAAAAGAAAACGCGAGCUAAACGA